AUGUCAGCCGCUGCGAUCCAGUCCGUUGAAAACACGUACGAACUACUCCUUUACUCUGAUUACCACGAGACCACUGAAACCUACUAUCUUUACGACUGUAUCAUCACAUUCGACAGGGAGGUAGAGGUGAUUUGGACUCGAAAGCUCACCGGCGCCAGUGUCCUUUAUAUUUUGAACCGCUAUCUAUGCGCAGUCAACCAGGUCAUAUCCAUAUUACCGUCAUUCGUGGACAUUUCCUCGGAUUGCAUGGUAUGCCUUGCGAUAUGUGUUACACGAGUUACUAUUUACGAGCAGAGUGCAGGCUUCUCUGGCUUGCGCGUUUACGGUGUCAGUGGUCGCCGAUGGAAGGCACUACCAGUCGUGGUGGUCAUCUUGGGAACAGUUCCGUUAAUUACGAAUACGAAUUGUCCCCCACUCGCGUUCCUGCGACACUUUCGAGGACAUGGGCAUACAUACUUACAUACAUACUCACGCAAUGACUUCACUAGUAUCUCUGUGAUUCUGUCCAUUCUCCACAUCGUUUUCUGGUUCACCAAGACGACACCUCCGAGUUCUACCAAUCUCAGCCAGCUCGACUUUUGCCUGACCGCCUUGUGGGAAACAUGGGCGCUCCGCUUCGACGAAGAGGGUCACUUUCGAUUCCAUUAUCGCUGGCAACAAGCCAUGACGACCCGGCCAUCGCAGGUCCAAAGGAAUCACCCUGCGGAAGCUCUGACGACGCACCGGCCGAAGAAAUGA